GAACAUACAAUUUUUGAGAGUCUACACAACAACAGAAACCACUUUGACUUAUCUGAAUGAUUACAAUCAUUUCUAUUGUCUUUCUCAUUCAAAAUAAUUUAUCCCGUGUUUUUCGUGCGACGACAGUUCUUCGGGUUUUGUCUAGGCAUUUUCUCUGCGUUCACCCGUGUUCUAAAAACAAAGGUCGUCAACGGCCCUAAACACGGCGUGUCACCCACCCAUCAUGGACGGUCCAAAGGCGAUAUUAUUCGGACUUUUGACGUUGCAAAUGUAUUCGGUGGCUGAUGUGAUCGUGUCGCUCGUUAAGAACAGUUGGCCCAUAACCGACGAAGACUUGACGACCAGACUGCAAACGUUAAUCGCCAACGUGUCAAGCUUGGCCAGUUUGUACCUAACCGCGCUACAGGUGAGUCGACUGAGACAGGUCCGGCACACCAUGUGUCCCGCGGCGGCCGACGGCAUUCCGGGCGCGCAGGGACAGCAAAGCGUAGACUGUCACAGAUACACGUGGGUCAUCGUUACGAUCAUCGGGUACACGUACCUUAAGUGGGCACAGGUGUCGGAUCAAGUGGACGGCGGUUGGUACAAGGUGACCGCGGCGGUGUUGACGCGGACCAUAGCAGUGACCGUCAAUUGCUACGUGAUCAAUUUGUUUAUCGACCAUGUGGUAUUGGCAAAGAGGUUAUUGAAAGCACUGAACACUCGGGUCGAGAAUUUGUACGGUUUGACGGCCCCGUACGUUUACGUGGGAAACGACAUUUCCACCAUACGAUCAGCCUACAUUGAUAUCCGCGACGCUUGCAUAAUGAUCAUGCAAGUGUUUCAGACUCAGCUGUUUUUGAACAUUGCCGGCAACAUGUACGGGAUAACUUUUAUGAUGCUCACGGCAUUCAACCAACUGAUGUCUGAUAAAAUUGAUUCGUUUUAUAUCACAUUGUCCUGUCUGUACGAGUCGAUAGUGCGGGCGUUUCAAUUGUACUUUAUGGUGAACGCGUGUUACACAACUGCUGAACAGGCAAAUCAAAUUUCCAUAACGCUUCAACAAAAAGUUAAUGAAUUUUAUCUAUCGAGUUAUGCUAGAAAAAAAGUACAGUUAUUUAUUUUGGAGAUGUUAGACCUUAAAACGGAAUUUAUCAUUUACGGGUUUAUACGCAUUGACUUUGAAAAAUUCGUCUCGCUUAUGGGUUCUAUUUCCACCUAUCUCUUGAUUCUCGUACAAUUUAGAUCUUCGCCCGACAGUAUGGUAAAGCUUAAUGAAACUACUACGACCACGGAGAGCAACAACUGAAACUUGUCAAACACCAACUCGAUGACAAUAUAAUCGAUUCGAACGGGAAAAUACACAAUACCUACUUCGUUUGGUUUUGACUUAAACCACUUGAGAAUAUCGAAUGUGAAAAAAUAAUACAUUUAUAAUUUAUAGAUUUAUACCAUUAAAAAAAAACUCAACUCAAUUAUUUAAUUUAGUUACCCAUCACUUAUAAACAACUAAAUUACUGGCCAUACAUACACUGCUUAUAACGGCUAAUGGAUUAGGCAAUUUAUACUCACACAAGCAUACUUGCAAACAUAUCCGUGCAGCGCACUGUGUAGGUGUUAUAUAAAAUAACAAAAUAUUACACAGAUUAACGAUAUAACAAUUUAUUACACUUGCACUAACCUAACCUAUACCAUUGAGUAUAUAUCAUAAUAAAUUUCAAUAUAUUCCUAUUCAAUACGAAUACCCACUAAUUUACUUAAUGUGAUUUUCCAUGAUAUAUUUAAUAUAAAAAUCAAACAAACAAUCUAAAAGUCGAUAUUAUAGUGAUUAACUUAAAAGUACAACACACUAUAACUUUUUGAAAAAUACAUUAUUGAUUAUUUUUCUCUAGACCGUAUGCAAAUAUAGACACAAAACGUCUUUAAAAAAGGAAAAAAAUUAUUAAAAAAACCCUUUAAGAAGUAGCUACCGGGAGAAUCUACUUUAACGUUUUAACAGUCAAUUCCUUUCCACAAACGAGCAUUUAUGUAGCUAUUACUUUGUUUUGAGUAUUUGCCUAGUUCUUGUUUUCUUAAUAUUUAGUUGUUGUUCAUAGUUUGC